UGCCAUCUCGGACUCUCGCUCUUAUGUCUCACCCGCCCAAAUUCGACCAUUCCAAUGUCUCUGUGAACCUCCAAUUCCAAAUUCUCAAUCCCAAAUUCCAAAUUCAAAAUAAACUCGAAUUUCUAUUUCUGUGCCCUAAAUUUUAGAAUUGAAGGUUCAAAAGGAAGAAUAUAUAUAUAUUUUUUUUAGGUCAAGAAUUUUGAUGUACAUGCAAUUGAUUUUGUGAAUUGGUAAAGGCAAUCCACUGAGUCGUUUGGAUCCGAUCCAUGGCGGGGAAGACGGACUCAGUGACGAUCCGGGUUCCUUACAGGAACCUGAAGGAAGCGGAGAGGGAAGUGGAAAUGGUGGGAGUUGAGCCUAACCAUCGGAUCGAGCUCAAUUCCCCUUCUUCAUCAUCUCCAGGGGUAGUUCCCAAUGGGAAUUCCGACCUCUCGCCGCAGAUUCCUCCUAGAUCCAAACAGUGUAGUCUGAUUUAUCUCGUUCUUAGUUGUACGAUCGCCGCCGGUGUUCAAUUCGGUUGGGCUUUACAGCUUUCGCUUUUGACUCCCUAUAUACAGACACUUGGAAUAGGGCAUGCCUUUUCUUCAUUUAUUUGGCUAUGUGGCCCUAUUACAGGCCUUGUGGUUCAACCCUGUGUUGGUAUUUGGAGUGAUAAAUGUACUUCAAAAUAUGGAAGAAGACGUCCAUUCAUUCUUGCUGGAUCUCUCUUGAUUUCAGUUUCAGUGAUAUUAAUCGGCUUCUCUGCAGACAUAGGAUACCAUUUAGGAGAUACAAAGGAGCAUUGCAGCACAUUCAAAGGUACUCGAACGAAGGCAGCUUUUAUCUUUAUAAUUGGAUUUUGGCUGCUUGAUCUUGCCAAUAAUACGGUGCAGGGACCAGCUCGUGCUCUUCUAGCGGAUCUUGCAGGCCCUGAUCAACGCAACACAGCAAAUGCUGUGUUUUGCUCGUGGAUGGCUGUUGGUAACAUCCUAGGAUUUUCUUCAGGAGCAAGUGGAAAAUGGCAUGAAUGGUUUCCCUUCUUGUUAAGUAGAGCUUGUUGUGAAGCCUGUGGAAAUCUUAAAGCAGCGUUUCUUAUUGCUGUGCUCUUCCUGACUUUAUGCACACUUGUGACUAUAUAUUUUGCUGAUGAGGUUCCACUCACUUUGAAUGAGGCUCAUCGUUUAUCAGAUUCUGCUCCAUUGUUGGAUGAUGUACAACAAAAUGGUCUUGAAAGUUCAAGGUUAAAGCCUGAUAUUGCAGUUGACAGUGCCAAUGGGAGAAGUGAUAUAAAUUUAAAGCAUGCAAACUCAAAAGUUGAGGAUGAUCAGAAUCAUGGUUUUAAUGAUGGUCCUGGAGCAGUAUUAGUGAAUCUGUUAACCAGUUUAAGGCAUUUACCACCUGCAAUGCAUUCUGUUCUCAUUGUAAUGGCUUUAAGUUGGUUGUCCUGGUUUCCAUUCUUUCUUUUCGAUACGGAUUGGAUGGGCAGAGAAGUAUAUCAUGGGGAUCCAAAAGGGAGCACAUCUGAGAUAAAAGCCUAUGAUCAAGGUGUCAGAGAAGGUGCAUUUGGUUUGCUAUUGAAUUCAGUUAUUCUUGGUAUCAGUUCAUUUCUCAUUGAACCAAUGUGCCAGCGGAUGGGUGCAAAACUAGUAUGGGCAUUGAGCAAUUUUAUUGUGUUUGCCUGCAUGGCAGGCACUGCAAUCAUAAGUUUGAUAUCUGUCAAAGAAUAUUCUCAAGGAAUUGAACAUGUAAUUGGAGGGAGUGCUACCAUCAAGAAUGCUUCCCUCGUUGUUUUUGCUCUUCUUGGCUUCCCUCUUGCUGUAAGUAUUAUUGCUCGUUUAUCUGAAGCAUUUCAUCUGACCCGAAAGCUCAUGUUUAUGAUAAAUUGUCUAUUUUUGCAGAUUACAUACAGUGUUCCCUUUUCCGUCACAGCACAGCUGACGGCAGAUUCCGGUGGUGGCCAAGGACUGGCUAUUGGAGUUCUGAAUCUGGCAAUUGUUGUUCCACAGAUGAUUGUAUCCCUUGGUGCUGGACCAUGGGAUGCUUUAUUCGGUGGAGGAAAUAUACCUGCCUUUGUUUUGGCUUCUUUUGCUGCCCUUGCAGCCGGUGUCAUUGCAAUUCGUAGGCUACCAAAUCUGUCCAGCAGUUCUUUCACGUCAUCUGGUUUUCAUUUUGGUUAAUGACUUCUGCACUACUGAAUGAGAUGACUUUCGGCCUGUUUGUCGUUUUGAGCACCUAUGCAAGAGCAAUUUACCCGCGGAGUGAUGGUGUUGGCAUCAUGCGGUGGCCUUAAAUUUCUAAUGUUAAGAACUUCACAUUGCAUAUUCAAAUUCAAUUCAUUCUUUGCCCACUUUAAUGUGGGUAUCUGUACCCUAUAUGUAGAGUGUAAAUUGUCAUUUAUAUCGAAAAGGAUAUACAUGAAAUAUAAUGAGAAGUAAAUCGUCAUCGAUGUAGUAGCUCUUCCUGCUGAUUGAGUAUUAUAUAAAUCGGCUCUCAUAUAUAUUUUAA